AUGAGUGUUUUUUGUUUUGUUAUCAAGAUUGGGUGGCAACAUCGUCGUGUGGCUGACUUGAUGCGAAUGUAUCCCAGACGUAUUACUCUUCGUCUUCGAAAACGCCCUGCACACGCUACUGAUUUUACAGGGUUUCCCGGGGGUGCUCGACGUCAUCGAAUCGUAAUGGCGACCGGACCGCAAAACCCAGCUGCAGGAACAUUAUCCCAGCAACUAGCUCGUGGAGGUUAUCUUUUCACACGAACUCCGAAACGUCGGGCUCCUUUGUCCGGAACGGUAAUCAUUGAACCAUUGGCCAGCACUCAGGAAUCGGCUUCGGAAUCUGCAUCCACACCCACAGGAAACGCGUUAAGUGGGGCAGAUUGUUCAGAUGUCUGCAAUCCAUCAUCCGACGGUUCAAUUUCAGUGAACGGACAAUCCGGUACAGAAAGCACGGAGGCAGUGUCCCCGUCGACAAGAGUGGUUGAAACCAAUUUGGAAGAGACGGCAGACGGCAAUCUGUCUUCAUCUCUGAUUCGUUCACCAUCAGUCACAACCACUUCUUCCUCGUCAUCUUCCCGAUGUGCUUCAGUGAGGCUGCCAAGUUCUAUAAGAGGUUACAUGCCUUCGAGUCCGCUGGAUAUGUCCUCCUUGGGUGACACAGACCUUAUCUCGAGUGGCAAUUCACCGAAUAUGAUUGCCUGUAGCGUUGACGGGUCACAAACGGGCACAACAACGUCAACUACGACCGGUUCUUCAACCCCAAAAGAUCAUCAAAAACCUAACAGUUGUCAUAGCAGCUUUCAACAGGGAGUUCUAUUUCAACCAAAUGUGCGAAUGACCUCAAGCACUCCGUGCACCCCGCUUAUGACGGCACGAAUGCUGAAAAGUGACUCAGCUUCAUCGAGGGACCGUCACGGACAAAACAGUGGUGGGGUUGGGUACGGUCCUACCAGUGGAGAUUCGGCCGAUGAUUCGGAAGGUUUGCCCGAACGGCGUGCUAGAACAGAGGAAGCAGCGGUAGACAAGUAA